GGAUUUAAAUUCUUCGAGUAACACUUAAUAUUAAAAACUAAAUGUUGGGGGUACGGCUCGGGUCUAGUCGCGCGAUAAGCGGGUGCAGCAGCUCCCAUGAGGGAACACUCGCGGUCAAACUAUACCGCGCGCACAAGAAGGAACCAACUCGCGGAAAGGCUUUACUCACGGAAGAGCCUCCGCGUGCACGAAAGCGCUCGCGGAUGUCAAGGCACUAGACGGCGUCGUUUUGCUUAACUCAGGUUGGAUAAAGAACACUUCUCUUUCGUUUUAAGUCGUAAUUUGUUAUAAAAGAACACUUCUCACAUCUUCUCUUGUGUAUUUUCAAUCUAUCUUUACUUUUAUACUUGUUUCACUUUUCUUUCAUUUUCAAAACAUGAUUGAAAAAAAUUUCACAGAAAAAUCAGAUUAGUUGUAUUUUAUAUUCAGAAUAACAUGCAUCCACUUUGAUAUAUUUUGGGGGAAAAUUGAGAUAUUUAUUACCAGUCCAUAUCAUGUGAUAAUACUUGAUAGUACAUAAGAUUUACUACUCUCACUUAAUGAGUUGGCAAGGAUGCUACAAUAGAAAGUAUCUGUUGUUUAGAAAUAACUCAUUUUUUGCCCAUCGUAGGCUUUUAUAUCGGUAAGACUUUGUUUGAGAAGAUGCACAUACGCUAGUGUAGUUGAAUUCACGUAAGUAAAUACAUUAGGUGCAUAGACAUUGUUUGAUAUUCUUUUCCCUAUACUUUAUCACUCAAAUACAUCAAAUACUUUCCUAUAUUAUUCAUGGGCAAGUUACCCAACAAAAUAAGCAUGAUGCUCUCCGACCUAAUGGGUCGGACCAUAAUCCAGUAAACUAUAGGACAUAUUAAUGGUUUGAGCUAAUACUUUGACUCUGUGAUAUUAGAAUGAGCGAUGUCAGAACUCUUGAAGAAUUCGAGUAUUAUAGAAAAAUCACAAAAGAUGGUGAGACGUAUGUUUGAUGGAAAAGGAAAAAUUGUAGAUGAAGCAUAUGCAUUAAUGAGUUGCACUAUCUACAAGUAGUUUUAAUCGAAACGUUAAGAUUACAUUUGUCCAGCCCUUUAAACAUCCCCAGAUAAGACCAAGGUUAUAUUCAACCCAUAGCCUAUUGGACGAGAUCCCAAUCACUGGAUCCAUCACAAAACCAGAAAGAUUUCUCAAUACUUCAACCGACUAGAAGGGGCACCGUUUCCCGUAUUAGUGUGAUAUAUAUGACGAUUGAACCUCUCCCAAUAACUCAAGUUAUUGGGACCGGCCAACUGGUUUAUGACAUCCAGUUCAUUCCAUUUGAAGCUAGAGGAAGAAUAUGUGCCCUGACAUGUGUUACGUGACCACCAUUGCUAAACACAUAAUUUAAGCAUGUUUGCCGCAUUGAUCCGCCGCCUCAUAUUUAUUUAACCAUGUUCAUGACCAACAAUAUUGAUCCGAUAUCCACCGCACGGCCGGCCAUCGAGAAUCUAGCUCUUAGGAAGGAAAUAUCAAAGCUCUUGCCAUCGAACUCACCGCCGCCGGCGUCGAUCGAACUGCUUCCUUCUUGUCUUCUGACCUUGGAUAGGAACCCAAGACGGCACGUUGUUUAGUUAUACUAUAUGCUACAAUAUUAUUCAGCUAGCUUACAAGCUGUCACACAUAGUAAGUCAAAACAACGUGCAUAUAAGAAAUCACGACCAGCAAUAGAUACCGCCGAAAUGUGAUUAUAUAUGGAUGAUCAUGAGGUCCGGCAGUGGCCUUAUCAUCCCCAAUCUCCGCCGGCGACGAUGGACCCGCCUCACCAUCAUCAUCAGCAGCAGUACUACUCGACGACGACGACGACUCAUCAGCAACAACAUACCACCACCAACCUACACAUCGAAAUCGACGCCUCGCCGGCUGUCGGCAUACCAGUAGGCCCGUCGGAGCUAGUCGCCGAGCGGACCACCACCGCUGUGAUCAUAGGUGAAAUAUCUAUAUCUACGUAAUUAACUAGCUAUUGCACACGUCGGUGUAAAUUUAAUGGUCUCAAAAUUUUAACUUACUUAGUCACCACAUGUGUACGUACUUGCGGCGCUUAUUGCGACGACCUUUUGUUGUUGUUGUUGUUGUUGUUGUCCGUCGCAAUAUGUCUAGCCUUUCGAUCUAAUUUGACGACGACACUGAUUGAUAUUGUGGUCAGUUAAGGAAGAAAGAUGGAGUUGCUGUGGCAUGGGUUACGGGUGGUUCCUGUAAGUGAAACAUCUGCUUAUUAAUUACUCUCUUCGAUCUUGUAGUGGCGUGCGAUAUGUAGCGCCAUGUUAUUAGAAUAUAAGUCGUACGAGUAGUAUUAUGUUAAUCCAAUUUAAUUAUCAUUUGACGAACGAUUUAAUUUUGUUUCGAAAAAGGUUCGCAAUCGGAUGGUUUCUUUGUGGGGUUCCUUGGUUUGCUGGAUUCUUUGUUCUCGUUUGUGGAAGGUACGACCGUCGCGAAAGGCCAGGGCUCCUAGCAUGCGCUACAUUUGUAAGUACCAUUCAGCCAACAUUAAUUAAUUAUCACUCUCCGUCAAUUCCUCUUAAUUCCAUCUAUUUUGGUUAUUAAUUUCAUCGCGCAGGCCAUUGUCGUUUCUAUCGUAGCGAUUAUACAAGCAGUCAAGGGGGACAAUCAUUGAUGCUAAUUAAAUUUCCAGUAAUAUUAAUUAAUGUUACAAUAGCUAUGUUGUGGGUCAGAAACUAGCUAGUAACAGUUUCAGGCUUAAUUUGUAUUAUGCCAAUUCUUUUCACUGUCUGCUGCUGUUACCCGUCUUCAUAUGUGAAGAAUAAUAUAAUGUCAUUAUUGCAUCAAAAUAAUGAAAUAGUUGCUAUAUCAUUGUUGUAUGUGGCAUAGUUUCCCUUGUAUUGGUCUUUGGCUCUCUUAAUUAGCGACUGUAAGUAUGAUCACCAAACUAGUCACAUGUACUUUUAGCGACCAGUAGUAUAAUGACGCCAUCCGUGGCAUUGUGACUAUUGUGACCAAGAUAUGGAUCAUAGUCACAACUCACAACUUUAUAAAUAAAUAAAUAAAUAACUCAAUCAUUUAUCAAAUUUACGUACCUUCUACUUUAUAAAAAAAGUUCUCGAACAUUUUACGUACCUUCUAAAGGACUUGCAUACAUUGGUGACAAGACAGAUAAAGGGGCAACAAUCGAGUAAAGAGCGACAAUAUAGAAGAGUGAAAUGAAACCAAAUUUAUAAGUCGAGUUUCAUAUGUCUGUUGUCUAUUGCUAUAUAUAAUCUCAUUCGUAAAAAAACUCAGAUUCGAUAAAGAUCAAUUCGCCACCACUACAUGCAGAACUAUUUAGUCACUGAAUUGGCGCUGAAAUAUCUCAAUACAUGCGCGCUCUCUUAUGCAUACAAUACAAUCAACCAUUACCCGUGAAUUUAUUGAAAUCAUACAAAGCACUACUCCAGAUCAAAUUGGUGAUCUAUUUUACACAACGCUUAGUGAAACAAUUUUUUUUCUUUUUAACAAAAUGUCGACAUUUAGCUUAAGCCUUCCAUGCAGAACUCUUCCAUUCAGCAAUCCAUGGCUUGAUUUGUCGAUGAUCACAUAGACUAAUACGCAUAGGCUGGCCUUGACGCACUGAUUAUGACCAAAAUUAUGAAAAUCACAGACUGCAAGACAACAAAAGGAGCGAGUAGGGGCAAUUAGAACCAUAAAUAACACAAAAGGGGACGGAUUAAGCAAUAGAGACGGUCGAUACAUACAAGAACCGCGCAAGCUAUGUAUCCAGGCUUCUCUCGCUUGUCGUAUUUAGAACAGACCAGAGCGCCGGCUCCGAUGUACCACGGCACCGCGAAGAAGAAUCCCAGUAUAAACCUUCAUAUAAACAGUUUCCACGGGUUAAAAGUGGUCACUAAUGAGCUUUAACGACCACAUUAGACGUUAGUAUCGUUGUCAAAUCUGUUUAAGUCGUUGAGUCUAUCAAGUAAAUGAUUUGAGGUUCA